AUGCUGCUCUUGCGGAAGACCUUGCCACCUCGGAACAGGCCGAGGAAGAGCGAGCUGCUUCUCCUCCGCCUGCUAAACGCCUAUGCCUUCAAUGUAAAAGGAAUCUUCAAAAGCCAGCGCUCAUUCGCGGCCUCUCAAUCUUCAAAAGCCAGGGCUGUUACUCCCGACCGGGAGAUUGCCUUGGAGCCAGAGGUUCCCAUCCUGUCGCCCCGAAUAUCCGCCCUGACACCCGGUCGGGAUCUAUCUCCCGAACAAGCCACUCUUCCCGCUCAAGCCUUCUCUCCUGGGCAGAUCCGUUUUCCUAUAAUCGAACAACCCGGGAGUUCUGCCACUUUAUCGGCCUCGCUUCCGGUAGCUGCUCCGGCCUCCACUUCUCGACCCAGGGGGAAGAUUUCCAAAAAAUAUGCCUUCACCGCCUCCUGGCACCUGCCCUCCUCCACUGAGCCUGAUGACGCCGAAGAAGCUACAGAAGAUGCUCCUUCUGUUGUCGGCCUGGUUCAGUUACAGGGCGAGUUAGCCACGUCCUGGAGGGCAGGCAAUCAGAAAUUUUGGAACAAUCCGCCAUUGGAAGGGAUGGACCAAGCUUCCCGCCAGAUAGUUUCUAGGGAGAAUGAAGUGUUGAAGGCUCGUCUUCAGGAGUUGGAGCUGUCGCUCACACCUCGUGAUCCACUAAACCCGACCCCUGGGGACCUGGCGGGGUAUCUACGCUUGAUUGGGGAGUCUGCAAAGUCCGUCCGAAACAUCUCCCAUGCGACUUUUGACAAAAUAAAGACCCUGGAGGCGUCUCUGCAGACCAGUGAGUUCAAAGUGGCUUCUGAGUCGGAGAGACGUCGCUUGCUGGUGGUUGAGUUGGAUGAAAAGGACGCCCGGUUGACCACCCUAUCCUCUGAUCUGAAGAGUCUACAAGAAACCCAAGAGGCUCUUCAGAAAAGUUUAACAGAUGUCCAAGCUUCUCGCUUGAUCUCUUCUCAUUCUGUUUAUUUUCACAUGGCAUCCUUCUCUCUUCUGUCUUCUCUGGUGGCAACAUAUUUUCUUGGCUCAUCCACUUUCGACGAACUAGAUCGAGAUGACCUGCGAUAUACCUACGGAGUUGGGGAUAACGCGCAUGUGAUCAUUCCCACCGGCAUACACCAAUUUUUUGCUCCUCCUGAUGGAUAUUGCACCUUCUUUAAAGAACAAUUUGUGUGCUCUGUGACGUAUGCAAGCUCUCCUGGUCCGCCCCUUUGUUCCACUGUUUCUUCACCCUCUGGUAGCAUGAAGAAGGCACGUUCCGGUUCCAGCCUCGUCUUCGGACUGCUUUUUUCUCACCCCUGCAACCUUCUGAACCGAACUGGAGGAGCAAAUUCUUCUACAGCCCGGCCCUUCACCCCGACGUCUCUUCAAUCAAUUAAUCCUUCCCAACCAACCUCCAGCCCUGGUCGCGGUCGCGGUCGAAGAUCAGCCAAUGUACCUUACGCCAGCCUUGCCUUCAGAGAAGCUUCUCAAGCAGCUCGUCAUGCACAUUCUAGACUUCGCCGCAGGGCCCUCAAUCCUAGACAAGAUUCAGGUUCUUCCGCUGUUCCUCCGCCUCCUGUUGCAACCACCACUCCUCCUUCGCCUCCUAUUGCAACCCCGACUCCUAUCCCGAGCCAGGCAGAUGCUUCCCCUGCUCCGCCCAAGGUUCAGGUCGAGCCUCCAUUAGCUCAACCUUCAACUUCGCAACAACAUCAGAGCACUGAGGGUGGCCCCUCGCAUUGCCCUUCACCAGCAACUUCACCUCCAAAACCUUCUCAGGUGCCCCCCUCAGCUCCUUCUGGGUCAGCUGCUGGGCCUUCUAGCUCCGCUGCUGGGCCUUCCCAACCACCACCAUCUGUUCCUCUCUAUUAUCGCACCACUGCUCCUUCUGAGGCUGAGUUAAAGUCACGGCAAGAUGUUCCCACCAGCUCCUUAACAAUGAAAGGUCGUUUGGCCACUUUGUGGGAAGAAAGUAUGCAUCAGAUAGAACUCUUGCCGCCCCUGCCCAGAUAG